AACAACAAUUCAUGGAGAAGGACAACACCAAUAUUGUUCUUCCAAUUAGAGAAGAAGAAGAAGAAGAAGAGCAUCGGGCAUAUGCCAUCUUAUUAUUUAGCUCCCUCGCGUUGCCCAUGACGAUGAAGGCAGCUAUUGAUCUCGACGUACUAGAGAUCAUAGCUAAGGCCGGUCAUGGAGCGAUGCUCUCCCCUUUAGAGAUUGCAUCUCAAAUCUCUUGCAAGAACCCUAUCGCGCAUGUCAUGCUUGAAAGGAUACUCAACCUGCUCACUAGCUUUAAUGUGUUAACCAUGGCUACCACUAUUGGGCAGACACGAUAUGGAUUGGGCCAUGUAGCAAAAUAUUUUGUGAAGAAUGAAGAAGGUUUUUCCUUUGCACCAAUGAUAACGUUGUUACAAGACAAGUCCUUUGUUGAUAGCUGGCAUCACUUGAAAAAUUCAACGAUGGAAGGAGGGGUAGCCUUUGAUAGGGCCAAUGGGACAAGUGUAUUUGAUUACAUAGGUGCUGACCCAAUCUUCAAUGUUGUGUUUAAUCGAGCUAUGAUGGGCCACACAAAAAUUGUGAUCAAUGAGUUGCUAUUAUCUUAUCGAGGAUUCCACAAAGACAUGGACAGCAUGACAUUGGUAGAUGUGGGUGGUAGCCUUGGUGCGACCCUCGACACAAUAAUUUCAAUGUAUCCCAAGAUCAAGGGCAUUAACUUUGAUUUACCCCACGUUGUUUGUCACGCUCCUCCUUAUCCUGGUGUGGAACACGUCGAAGGAAAUAUGUUUGAAUGUGUACCCAAAGGAGAUGCCAUUUUUAUGAAGUGGAUACUUCAUGAUUGGAGCGAUGAUGAUUGCUUGAAGUUGCUCAAAAAUUGUUACAAUGUGUUGCCUUCCAAUGGAAAAGUGAUCGUCGUUGAAGUUGUAGUUCCCGAAGUGCUCAAUAACGAAACAAAGGUGAAGAGCAUUUAUCAAAUGGACAUGACUAUGUUAACAAUAAGUCCCGGAGGAAAGGAGCGAACCUAUAAGGAAUUUCACGACCUAGCCAUCGAAGCUGGCUUUGAAGGGAUCAGACUGGAAUGCACAGCCUUUACCUUUUCGAUUAUAGAAAUUUAUAAAUAAAACUGAUAAAGAAACUAAAUUGGGUCUGGAGCUUGAUGGAGAUUCUUAAAUAAACUUGUCUUGUCUUUUA